AGCUCACACACAACAAGACUGAACACAAUGCUUCUACAGAGCCUAUGGGACUUUAUACUGGGAUAUAAUGCGUGUCUCAGAUCACCUUUCUUCCCUGUAUUUUUCUCCCUCAGUGUCUACCUCACCUUCUGCCUGCCCUUUGUGGUGCUGGACCUCCUCUCCCCCAGGCUGGCCUGGAUCAGGACCUUUAAGAUCCAGCAGAAGAGCCACGUCUCCUGGACUAUGAUGUGGAGCUGCCUGGCUCACUCCCUCUACAACCAUGUGGUGUUCCUCUUCCCUCUCACUGUGCUGCACUGGUUCUGGAGACCAGCCAGUUUCAUAGCCGAGGCCCCCGGAACGCUGCGCCUCAUCUGGGAUGUGGUCGCCUGCCUCCUGCUGUUUGACUUUCAAUACUUCAUCUGGCAUCUGCUUCACCACAAGGUGCCCUGGCUGUACCGGACAUUCCACAAGGUGCACCACAAGCACACAUCCACCUUCGCCCUGACCACUGAGUACUCUGGGGCCUGGGAGACCCUGUCUCUGGGCUUCUUCGCUGGGGUCAACCCUCUGCUGCUGGGCUGCCACCCCUUGACUGAGAUGCUCUUUUAUGUUCUGAAUAUCUGGCUUUCUGUGGAGGACCACUGUGGCUAUGACCUGCCCUGGUCCACGCAUAGACUGGUGCCCUUUGGGCUCUACGGUGGAGCUCCACACCACGACCUGCACCAUCUGAAGUUCAAGUCCAACUAUGCUCCGUACUUCACACACUGGGACAGGCUUUUUGGGACAUUGCACAAGCAUUCAGACUGAAGUCAUGCACAGAAGAAAGUGCAAUUGGACAUCU